GCGGACAACCCUGCAGGGGACUUGGCUUAAGUGCCAGCGUGCAGCGCACGCCGAGUCGAGACCUGCGGUGGACCGACCCACGCGGGGACCGGACUCGCAAGCUGCAGGCCCAGCGCCUGCCCCACCUCUGCCGAGUGCAGCCGGUCCCAGACAGGUCCGGAGGCGGAGGCCGCGGCUCGGGUUGCGGGGCGGGCUGAGGGGCGGGGCCGCCACCGGAGACGCCCGUGGAGCCACCUGAGCCCGAGCCCAGGACACCGUAGCUCGCCGCCCGAGCCGAUCCUGACGCCCCGCGAUGGCCCGGCCGAGCCCGCCCCGCGCCCCGCCGCUGCUGCGGCUCGCUCUGCCGCUGCUCGCCCUGCUGCCCCUGGCCUCGGGCUGGGCGCGGGCGCGCGGCCCCCGGAUCAGCCUGCCGCUCGGCUCCAAAGAGCGCCCCAUCCUCAAGUUUGAAGCCCAAAACGUGUCCAACUACACAGCCCUUCUGCUGAGCAGGGAUGGCAGCACUCUGUACGUGGGUGCCCGGGAGACCCUCUUCGCACUCAAUAGCAGUGCCAGCUUCCUGCCAGGCGGGCAGUACCAGCAGUUGCUGUGGCCCGCGGAUGCAGACAGGAAGCAGCAGUGCAGCUUCAAGGGCAAGGACCCGAAGCGUGACUGCCAGAACUACAUCAAGAUCCUGCUGCCACUCAACAGCAGCCACCUGUUCACCUGUGGCACCGCGGCCUUCAGCCCCCUGUGCACCUACAUAAGCAUAGAGAACUUCACCCUGGCUCAGGACCAGGCGGGGAAUGUCCUCCUAGAAGACGGCAAGGGCCGUUGUCCUUUCGACCCCAAUUUCAAGUCCACAGCUCUGGUGGUUGAUGGGGAGCUCUACACAGGAACAGUCAGCAGCUUCCAGGGGAACGACCCGGCCAUUUCCCGCAGCCAGAGCCCGCGCCCCACCAAGACCGAGAGCUCCCUCAACUGGCUGCAAGAUCCCGCCUUCGUGGCCUCAGCCUACAUCCCUGAGAGCCUGGGCAGCUUGCACGGUGACGAUGACAAGAUCUACUUCUUCUUCAGUGAGACCGGCCAGGAGUUCGAGUUCUUUGAGAACACCAUUGUGUCACGUGUGGCCCGAAUCUGCAAGGGUGAUGAGGGUGGCGAGCGGGUGCUGCAGCAGCGCUGGACGUCGUUCCUCAAGGCCCAGCUGCUGUGCUCAAGGCCCGACGAUGGCUUCCCAUUCAACGUGCUGCAGGAUGUCUUCACGCUGAGCCCCAGCCCCCAGGACUGGCGCCAAACCCUUUUCUACGGGGUCUUCACAUCCCAGUGGAAUGGGGGGACCACCGAGGGCUCUGCCGUGUGCAUCUUCUCCAUGAAUGACGUGCAGAGGGCCUUCAGCGGCCUCUACAAGGAGGUGAACCGUGAGACGCAGCAGUGGUACACGGUGACCCACCCGGUGCCCACACCCCGACCUGGGUCGUGCAUCACCAACGCUGCCCGGGAGCGGAAGAUCCACUCCUCCCUGCAGCUCCCGGACCGCGUGCUGAACUUCCUCAAGGACCAUUUCCUGAUGGAUGGACAGGUGCGCAGCCAGAUGCUGCUGCUGCAGCCACACGCCCGAUACCAGCGAGUGGCCGUGCACCGCCUCUCCGCCCUGGGCCGCACCUAUGAUGUCCUCUUCCUGGGCACUGGUGAUGGCCGGCUGCACAAGGCAGUGGGUGUCGGCCAAGGGAUGCACAUCAUCGAGGAGCUACAGGUCUUCCUGCCUGGACAGCCUGUGCAGAACCUGCUCUUGGACAGCCACAGGGGGCUGCUGUAUGCGGCAUCUCACUCAGGCGUAGUCCAGGUGCCUGUGGCCAACUGCAGCCUGUACCAGAGCUGUGGGGACUGCGUCCUCGCCCGUGACCCCUACUGCGCUUGGAGUGGCACCAGCUGCAGAGACAUCAGCCUCUAUCAGCCUGAGUCAGCCUCCAGGCCGUGGAUCCAGGACGUUGAAGGGGGCAAUGCCCAGGAGCUCUGCAACAUGUCCCGGGCCACGCGCCGGUUCUCUGUAACAGCAGGCCGGAAGCCAUGUGAGCAUGUCCAGUUCCGGCCCAACACAGUGAACACUUUGGCCUGCCCCCUUCUGUCCAACCUGGCCACCCGGCAUUGGCUGCAUGACAAGGCCCCUCUCAAUGUCUCAUCCUCCUACCGGGUGCUGCCCACUGGAGACCUGCUGCUGGUGGGCAGCCAGGAGAGGCUGGGGGUCUUUGAGUGCUGGUCACAAGAGGAGGGCUUCCAGCAGCUGGUGGCCAGCUACUGCCCGGAAGUGGUAGAGGAUGAGGUGGCACACCGAACAGACCAGGGUGGCAGUGUCCCUGUCAUCAUCAACACAUCACGAGUGAGUGCGCCAGCUGCCGGCAGGGCCAGCUGGGGCGGGGACAAAUCCUACUGGAAUGAAUUUCUGGUGAUGUGCACUCUCUUUGGGCUCGCUGUGGUGCUUCUGUUCCUGUUCUUCCUCUACCGGCACCGGGAUGGCAUGAAAGACUUUCUGAAGCAGGGGGAGUGUGCCACUGUGCACCCCAAGACUCGCCCUGUGGUGCUGCCACCCGAGACUCGACCGCUCAAUGGCGUCGGCCCCCCUAGCACCCCACUGGACCACCGAGGCUAUCAGGCUCUGUCAGAUAGCUCUCCAGGACCCCGGGUCUUCACGGAGUCUGAGAAGAGGCCACUCAGCCUCCAGGACAGCUUUGUUGAAGUGUCCCCUAUGUGCCCUCGGCCCCGGGUCCGCCUGGGCUCUGAGAUCCGUGACUCUGUGGUGUGACAAGGCUACCUUGGCCUCAGGGCCGUGACUGCUCAGAGUGACAGGUGGACUCGUGUCUCAUGAAUGUGGCCAAGGUGCCUGCCCUGGGGAGCCUGGGGGCUGCCCAGCCUGCUGCCCUCCAGCCAUGUGUAAGGCCCAUACCACCCAGCCCAGAGCUCCAACAGUCAUCUAUGAAGAGGGGGCCUGCCUGGUUGGAGCAGGACAAUGCUGUGUACAUAAACUGAGCCCUUUGUUUAAAAAAAGAGCUGAAAAUGUGAAACCAGAGGGCAUGGGAAGAGGCAACGGAGAUGCCACACAUCGCCACCCAGUUCCCUCCCAGCCCUGCGGGGACAAAUUGCAGGUGGUAUGGGACAGAGAUGAAAACCUGCACUAACUGGCCUCUUCCACCUUCGCCUUAGCCUACUGCCCUGCUGCAUUUUCUCACCAGAGCCAGUGGCCAGCUUGUGCCAGCCACAGCCAGGAUGUAGCUUGGUGCCAUCUCCUGCACCUCAGGGACCAGAGGGCUGGUUGGCUCUGCAGCCCUCCCAGGCCCUGGGCUCAGACCCUGCUCUUGGACUUUUCUGGCCUGUAUCAGGCUGUGGCCACGAAGGAGAAGCAUGAGCCCAGGAGUUUAUGACCACGUAGCCCUUUGCCCUCAGAGACUGUUUACUGCCUUCCUUCAUCCCAGCCUGAGAACUGUGUGUCCCUUACACAUCAGCCCCCUUCAGACUCGAGCACAGGGAACUCGCUGGAGCCUGGCCUAUCCUAGCCAAGUUCCCCAUCACUUGUCUCCACUUCAGGGGUAUUUACACUGCCCAGCACAGGGCCCUGAACGUCUGUGGGUUUUGUAUUUGUUUUUUUUUAAUAAAAUGCACUUUACUUUUUCUUUUUUAAAAUAAGUCUGGAGAAAUAUUGUUUAAUCAUCUUUCCUCUUAAAAAGACUUGUACUGUUUGAGACUGAUGUUUCUGGGGGUUCUGAACCUCUUUUCAGGCUCCAGAGAGCCUGAAGCAGCCCAGCUUGUGGUCAACAUUACCCAGUUCCUGGGACAGGGUUGAUCCAUUCAGCUCAAAUCCUUUAUUUCCUUGUUUCAUUGGGGGAUUGAACCUAAGGCCUCAGGCAUGCUACACAACCAUUCACUUACGUAGGGUCUCACUAUGUAGUUUAAGCUGGCCUCAAACUCACAGCAGCCCUCCUGCCUUGGCCUCUUGCAUGCUGGGAUUAUAGGUGUGUGUACCACCAUGCCUGGCAGGAACUGUUUUCAAUCAGUACCGACCGCCUGCUUGCAAGGCUGGUGCUUAUGCUGCUGAGCUAAAUCCCCAGCCCCUGGAACUGUGCAUUCUUUUAAAAGUUUUUAAGCAGUCACUUGGCCUGCUUUCAGUGUACACUUUCUUCUUUCAGUGUACUGCCUUCAGAUUUUAACACAUGGCUGGACAGGGUGCCAGGUGCCUGCAGUCCCAGGUACUUGGGAGGCUGAGGCGCAGGGAAGUUAGGCCCAGAAGUUUGACAUCAUUCCAGGCACAGGCCCUCGUCUCAAUGUAGAAAAACAGAGAAAACAUGUAGAAAUGCAUGUAACCACCACCAUAAUCAGGAACCAAGAGAUCUGCCCAAAUUGGGUGGGUGAGGCUGGGGAGUACGGCUUCAUUUCCUGCUGGCCCCUUCUUUAGAUGGAAUUUAUUCCGAACAUGACCAAAGGUCUCUAAAAGCCCAAUCUUUCCCCACCAGUGUUUCUAGUGUCACAUACAAGAGUCAAAACUUCUGAAACCUUUAUUAUUGAUCAGUAGAAACAGCAAUGAGAGCAGCAGUGAGGAGCGGGGAGGGUGCUCCCUGCCCCAGCCCACUGCAGUGCCAGCUCCAGGCUGGGCCAGCUGGCUGGCCCUGAUGACGUGGACAUGACCCAGACCACAGCUCGGCAGUGGGAAGGUCUUGGACAGGGUGUGCUACGACACACACCAGGACUGCAGUCACAGGACAAUCUUAAAAGAGCUG